UCGAGUACCUUCAGUACAAUUUUAUCCAAUCAGCAUAAAAGGUUAUAGAGCGCUGUUUGCUAAACCACAUGUUGGUAUUAUCCGUGUUGCUUAUUGUUUUAAGGUUAUGUGUCCCGUCGUAACAUAAAUUUAAUAAUUACUAUAUGAAAAUAAAUAUGUGCGACGGUGGAGAAAAAUUAAUGAGUGCUUGUUUACCUAGUAGUUCAUUGAAUGAACAACUAUGUAAAAAAUGUAAACAAUCAAUGGCUGUUUUAUCAUUACGAGGAAAGGAUGUUUACUGUAAAGAUUGCUUUUUACAAGCGGCAACUCACAAAUUCAGAGCUGCUCUUGGCAAAUCUAAAUUUAUUAGACCAGGAGAUAAAGUGUUAGUAGCCUUAAGUGGAGGCCUAUGUAGUUCUGCACUGCUGCAUCUAAUUCAAAAUGGUUUAUCUCAAGAUUCACAUAAAAGGUUACGAUUUGAACCUAUUUUGUUACAUGUUGAUGAAACUUCAUAUUACCAUGAUGACACAAUACUUUUGGAAGUUACUGGAAAGAUGCAAAACUCCUUAUUACCUUAUUUUAUAGUGAAAUUAAAUCAAUCAGUUGCAUCAGAAAUUGUUCUAACAAAUGAUAUCCAAGAUUUGAAACAUGAUAAUGAUUUAGAAAAAAGAUUUCAGUCUACACUUUCAAAAAUUCAAACAGAUACUUCAAAACAGGAUUUUAUUGAAAAAAUCAAAUACAAUUUAUAUGCCAAAGUAGCUGCUAAAUUAAACUGCAAAUUUGUUUUUGUUGGUGAUAUAUGUACAAAAAUUGCUUCUACAAUAUUAAGUAAUGUUGCUCUUGGAAGAGGAGCUCAUUUAUUUCUAGAUGCGACGUUUGCAGAUACACGUUAUGAAAACUUAAAAGUAUUGCGACCUAUGAAGGAUUUUGUAACAUCAGAAAUAGUUCACUAUAAUAUAUUUAAUAACAUACUUUCUGUAAGUGCCGGAGAUAAAGCCAAUUCAAUUGUAUCCAGUAUUCAAAGUUUAACUGAAAAUUUUGUAAAUGACUUGCAAAAAAAUUAUCCAGCUACCGUUUAUAGUAUAACAAACACAGGAGCUAAACUCAGCCACCAUCCAAGAUUGUUGAUGCAAACUGAUCGAUGCACUAUAUGUAAUGCAUCUCUAGAUACAAAUGUUGAAAAAGCAUCAGCUUUGGAAGCAACAAAGUUCUCCAAAGUUAUUUCUUUCCUAGGACCUACUAAAUUUACAGCGAGUAGUACCUUGUUGGAGCAAAUUACUUCUGAAUAUGAAAAAGAACCAGAAGAGACUUUAUGCUAUGGAUGUAGUUUAUUAUUGAGUGAUUUUAACAAUGAAGAUAUGUCAGAUCUCUGUAAACAUUUAAGCAUAAUGUAA